UAUUUUAAUUAAUACAGAUCGCACAAUUUAUUCCGAUUCAUAUCACUCCUUAUAGAUAAUGUAUUCAUUAAGUAAAGAAACUUCAUUUUUAAUUUUACAAGCAUUUAAUCUUAAUAAUAAGGGAGAAAUAACGUUAAGAAAUUUAAUACGAUUGUCACUUUCCAAUGUUUGCGUGUGUGCACGUUUCGUACGAUCACGUUGUUUUAAGAUCAUUAAGAAAAUACUGAUUUAAUUUUAGAGGUCAUAUCCAAACAUAUUCGAUCUAUCUUUAAGGUUUUAUAAGAAGUUUGCGCCUUAUGUUGUAACUCUAAAUAAUACUGAGAAAGAUAACUCUCUGCUUCAUUACAUUUCACUUUCGAUGAGUUGCAAGUUGCAACUUGCUAAUCGAUUCGCAAAUUAUAUCAAGAUCGCUUCAAUUGCAACCAACGAUAACUAGCUCAACUAUUCUCGUUAAAGAACAAUGCAGCGUUAUUAAAAAAAGCCAGAAGUGAUUUUCCAUGAGAACUAGAUUACGCUUACUGUUAACGCUUACCAUUGUAAUACACACGUCAUUUUCUUGAGUACUGUAAACAAAUGUAAAUUUAAAAAACGACAAAACUCGUCAUUUCUACACGUCACAGGAUUAAUACAUAUGGGGUUCUUAAUUCUUAAUUCCUUGUGGACGUUCGCAAUAAAAUCGCAUAUGACCCAAAAAGAGCAUGUUCAACAUAGUAAUGACGAUGAAGUAUAAAAUUAAACAGGAUAAAAUCUGUACGUGUAAGUUGUUUAUAUAAGUGUUAUUAAUCUGUGUCCAUCCAUUUAAUUUAAAAAGUAUAAAACACAAUUACGAUAAUUAAAGAUACUUUAACAGCAUUAUAAUCUUAUAUAAGUAAUUAAUUACUUCACGGUCUUUCAAAUUAUACCGAAAUCCCCAGCGGCAUAUACAAAGCCAUAUUGACAAGGAUAUUAAAAGCAACACCACUGAAAAUGGAGUAGCAUAUAUGUGUAUACGGAACAUUUGAUUUUCUUAGCAAUUUUACAAACCGCUUUUAGAUUUUCCGUACUUCCACCUUUUUCCAUAAAGUUCUUCAUUCUGUAACAUUUAAAGUGACUCGUAUUAUUAGAUUCUUUUUUUACUAAUGAUCCAUACAAUCCUUUUAAUUAGCAUUUUACAUUUUGCAAAAACUGUAUUUAUCUAUGUUUCAGUAACGUUUGUAAAUUUUGCUAAAAAGAAAUAGACAAAUUGGCAGUAUUAUAUACCGUAGAACGCGCUCUCUUGGAAAAAUGACUUACGACUUACAUACACGAUACGAUACGAUACACAUUACGAGAUAAAAGAAUCCGAAGAUUCUUAGUUACGAUGAGUUUGGCUGCAACAGUAAAUAGAAUGAAAUAAAAAAGCUAAUAAUUCAAAAAUGUAAAUCUUAGCCGCUACUUGCCACAUUCUCCAGGGUUUUCAUUUUGAAGCUAUAAGAGUUUAAAAAAUACAACAAAAUUCAGUUUCCCAAAGAUCAAACAGUAAAACACCCUUAAUUUUAUUUAUUACGCUUACCUUACGCUUACGUCACGUGCAUUGUAUGCUUCUACAUCGAUCUAAUUAGUUGUGUAAAACGAUAUUUGGUCAGAUAUUUGGUCCUUUUAGCAUCAACUAUGAUUAUACAUUAUUGUGUUUGAAUAUAUGUCUUCUGAAAAUAUUUGUUUCGAUAUUAGUGAACACAUAGACCGGAAUUUUGUAGAAUUUUAACUUAGAAUUUAGAAUGACGGACAAUCAAUGCUUUUAUGUUCACUCUGUCAUUUGUAAAUCUCAAUUGACACGAUUAACCUGGAACGUUAUCGACUGAACGCGAAGAAUCGAAACGAAGCUGUCAUUUAAACGAAAAAUAAAUAUCGUAUGGCAAAGUACUGCUACGUUCAGAAUAUUUUACACUGAAUAAUUUCAACGUCAUAUAUCUGUCAUGUGAGUUUAUACUUUAAUAUAUCGCCCAUUUCUGUAUACACGCUGUAGAAAUGUACAUAGCUUUAAAUUUUCCGAUUUUAUUUUCCCUUUGUUUGUCCCUCGUAGUAUGUACGUAUAUAAAAGAGGAUACAACAAAAAUGUGUCCGAUUAAUCGAUUUAUUCAGGUCAGUAAACAACGAUUUGAUCGAUCCAGCGAGUGAUCAAUUUUUUGUAUUGUAAUACUAAGUAUGUAAUUUAACCAAAUGAAAUUAAAAAUGCCCGUCGUAGAUAUUUAAAAAGAAAAUACAUCUUUUGAUAGAGAUUCUAGAAGAAGUUGCUAACUAAAGCACAUUUACAAUAUAUAUACACAUAAGUAUUUAGACGUGUAAAUAAGUAUCAUAAGAAGGGAAAUUAAAUAACAUUAAUCUUAUAUCAUUCGCAGAACAGAUGCCUACAUGGGCUGUGUAUAGUAAUGAAUUGUUUGAUCGAUAGCUGCGUGCGCAAAGAGCUUAACAAAUUUCUUAAUCCAAGUGCCCAAAACAAAGAGGGUACUUUAUCCUAUCUACACGAAACAAGGUAUUCAACGUUUUAAUCGUUCCUUGUAGUCAGAAAUAGAAGAUUAUGCCACCGAAACGGAAAAAAGAUGUGAAAAAAAUAUCCAUCGAACCGCCACCAACAAUCGAGCCGGAUAUGCUGGAAGUAAUCGAACCGGAAGAACCAUCGAAGCCACUAAUAUCAGCAGUCACUGGACAACCAUUCGGUCCUCGAGUCCGUUACAUCAGCGAAAAACAGGAGGAAGAAAGUACAGAUGACGAACCUGAAUCAGAAAGUGACGAUGAAGUAAGAUACGUGCAGGAUGAAGCUCCGGAAGUGCCAUCAGAGUUUUGGCACAUACAGAAGCUUAUCAGAUACAUGAAAGCGGGUAAUCAAACCGCAACUAUGGUGGCUGUCUGUCUUUUAAAAGAUUAUGAUCUGACCAAUAGGAUCAUACAAAAGGCGAUUCGAGAGAUGGGAGGUCUGGAGAUUCUGGUGAAUCUACUCGAAACGAGAGAUUUAAAAUGCCAGAAUGGCUCCCUGUCGGUUUUACUCCAGAUCGUGUCAUCUACAGAAAUGCGACGGCACCUAAUCGAUCUUGGUAUUGUAACACCGUUGAUUCAAAUGUUAAAGCAUCCGGCUAGAGACAUUCAAGUUUUAGCUGCAGAGACUAUGGCUAUUGUUGCACGAAUUAGGAAAGCAAGGAAACAAAUACGAAUUCGAGACGGCAUACCUCUCAUUUUAGAUGUGAUGGACGUACCAGAUUCUAUUCUUCGAACACCGUACAAUGAGUUGAACGAAACUAACAAGGAAUUAGUUGCGGUUGCCAUAGGCUGUGCCAAAGUUUUAGAUUCUCUGAGCAGUAGUCCGAAAGUGAGAGACGUACUUCACAAGUUUGGUGUGGUGAAGCUCAUGGAACGUUUCCUGAAAUCACAUCACACUUCUCUUGUAGUACCGAUGAUGGGAGCUGUUCAACAAUGUGCAAUUAAGAACGUAUUUCGCAAAGCGUUCGAGACCACAGAUAUUAUCUGUGACGUUGUACGACACCUGCAAAGUGACAAUAUUAAGUUGAAGGAAAAUUGCGCUCUGGCGAUAUUCAAAUGUGGAACAAACAAAAUCGCCAGGGACAUGGUUCGCCAAACAUCUGGCUUGGAUGUAUUGUGUAAGCUUUUACAAUGCGAAGAAGUCCGGGCUAAUAAACAAUUGUUAGCUGCAGUCACAGGCGGAAUAUGGAAAUGUGCUAUAAGUCCAGAGAACGUAAUAAGAUUCAAUCAAAAUGGUUUGGUUGCUGCUUUAGUACCAUUUUUAGAAGAACACGAGGAUGAUGACGUGCAGGCGAAUGUUGUAGGAGCAUUGGCGGAAUGUUGCAAAGAUCCUGUUAACAGAGACGUUCUGAGGAUCAACGAUGGUCUGCCAAAUCUGAUCAAAUUAUUAAGCUCUACGUACGAGCCUUUAUUGGAGAACAUACCAUUGGUGAUAAAGGAGUGCGCGCAAAAUGAACAAUGCAUGGACAUCAUCAACGAUCCAGAGCACAUCAAUGAUGGUGUUCGAUUAGUCUGGUCAUUGCUGAAACAUCCUAGUGACGUAAUCAAAAGAAACUCCUGCCUCGCAUUGGUAUCUUGUAUCAAAUAUGCCAAAGACUCUCCGGAAAUGGUACGGGCAUUUGUAGGUGGAUUGGAGCUUACAGUCAGUCUUCUUGAAAGUACCAAUACUGAAGUACUGAGCGCGGUAUGUGCCACUAUUGCCGGAAUCGCUACGGACCCGGAAAACUUGGGUAUUCUCAGCGAUCAUGGAGUAGUGGAGAAACUGGCGAAUCUUGUGCCCACGGAAAAUGAAGAUUUGCGUGCAAAUUUGACCUUGGCCAUAGCUCAUUGCUGCGAAUGGGGGGAGAAUAAUGCUAAAUUUGGUCGAUUGCACGCGGUUGCCCCAUUAAUUGAUUACAUGACUAGCAAAAAUACAAAUGUUCUCAGGGGAGUUUGCAUAGCCGCGUAUCAUUUAAGUAAAGAGCCCAUGAACUGCAUCACCAUGCACUCUGCCGGUGUUAUAAAGCAUGUGCUACGUUUGGUGGGAUCAAAUGACCCGGAAGUGCAAAUCGCCGCCGCCUGCACUAUUCGAAAUAUUAGGAAACUUGCACUAACAGCAGAAAAAUUACACUUCAAAGAGAUAAGUACACUAGAAGAAACAGAUUAUCGUUUGUAACAUAUCAGCGCUGCGAAUACUGUACAAAAACCAAGUGCUCAUUUAAAGAAUAUGAAAUAAAAGAUAUCAUCUUUAUUGAAUCGACCUAAAACACAUUUAUUAAGAUUUUAUUAACCAAUAAUAAAUCUGUAUACUUAAAUAUAAUUAUGUCUUCUUAAUUGAAUAAAAUGUAAUGGAAUAAUAAAUUAUUAGUGAAUAGGAGUCUCAGCAUACCUAUUUGCUUGUAAUAUUAACGUGGGACUAAAAUUUUCAACAGAAACAAUAACAAGGAGUUAGCGAAACUCUUCGGUGCGAAGAUGUUUAAAGCGCGACUGACCAGUCGACUUGUGUAAACAGGAACAAUACAAAAAAAACAGAUUAUUUUUCACUCGUUACCGUAAAAUGUAUUAGUUUACGGACGGUACAUGGUCAAUUCCGACCUGUGAGUUAUGUUGUAAAAAGUGCACUGGCCUUGUCACAAGUUACAUUGUCGGUUUAUUGGCUUGAGAACGAAAAUGUAUUUGUUUUCAUUCCGUCUCGCUCACUCGAUGUUUACGUUUCCAUUUGUACUGAAAAUUUUCUAGUUUUGCAAAUAAAUCGUAAAUAUAUAUGUACUAUUUAAAUGUAUAGAAUUUAUUUUAAGAACGAUGGAACAUCUUACACUUUACUUUAUAAGGUCUGAAUACGCGAAUUUGGCAUGGAUCAACAAUGACUUGACAUUGCCUCCCGAUUGUUAAGAUACGACUGGUCAGUCGCAAAAUGCCACAUAUUUCUUCAACCUCUUAUAAAAUAAUAACGCCUGUUCAAAUAUAAGUUUGGCGCUACAAAUAUACUUAAAGCUUGUCUUUAUACUUGUGCAAGAUUAAUAUCUAAU